GAUAGCUUUUACCGUGAGGCGCGCGCGGAUCGCGAAUUUCAAGAGCACCCAUGCAUCAUUGGGGAUUUAGCGAGCCUCAUUAUUUUUGGGCAUCCAGACCACAGCCCAGACCCGCCCUCGACCAUACACUUAACUUUUUAUACACCGAUGCAUCCUGAGCGCUUCCAUGGACUAGAGUUCUAUCUACAUUAAAGCCUUCAGUGCCCCCAAAGACGAUAGUUUGCGUCCGCCGACGCCGCUGAAGACACGAUGGCCGAAGACGACACGCAAGCAACGCUGGCCCCCCCUUCCCCUCCAAGCCAGGCCAUCGAAGACCCCGGCGCCCACGAGCUGGAAUCCUCCGACUCCGACGACCACUUCUCCGAUGCCCGUAGCGACCGCGCGGCUUACUCCCGCACCGCAUCCCCCAUCCCCACGACCCGGGUGGAGCGAGUCGACCACGAAGCCAGCUACGGCGAAGUCCCUGGGACAGCAGCCUACGACCAGCGCUCUGAAGACGCCCGGCCCGACGAAGUCGCCUUCGUUGAAGACGACACCCCCUCCGCCACCGAACCAGUCCCUCGUCCUCUGACGCCCAUCCCCCAGACGGUGCUCGAAGAGGUCCCCCCCUCCCCCAUCCGGGGCCACGCCCACAAACCCAGCACACCUAAAGUCUACCCCGUCGACGCCCAGCCCGACCGCGUCAUCCACAUCCCAGAUUCCGGGGCUGCUUCUACAGAGGAGGAGGAGGGAGGAUCCGUCUCAGGUACGCGGCCGCGCUCUCCUAGCUCCCCCUCCGCGCCCGAGUCCGAGACGAGGUCACGAACCUCUAGUGUCGCCAGACCGCUGUCUGUGAGCCACGCGCUCGCCCCGCCGGCGGGAGACUACGACACUGAUGCCGACGGGGAUGAGGACGAGGACGAGGAUGCGGGCUUCGGUGACGACUUUGACGAUUUCGAGGAGGGGGACGAGGACGCGGAGUUUGGGGACUUCGAUGACGGGUUCCAGGAGGCGGGUGUGCAACCUGUACAGUCUUUACCGCAGAUAGCUUCUUUAUCCCUCCCCCCCCUCUCCUUCGACACCCUCGACUCCCCCGCCGAAGUCCACGCCGCCACAACCCCCUACCUAGACACACUCUUCCCCCCCUCUCCCCCCGCCCCCACCGUCGCCCCCCCCACCUCCCUCUUCCCCACCCCCCGCUCCGCCUCCCUCUGGGCCCAACUCAGCGCCCCCCCGCCCCUCAACCCACCAAACUGGCUACGCUCCCGCAUUCGCCGCCUCUUUCUCGUUUCGCUCGGCGUGCCGAUCGAUUUAGAUGAGAUUCUCCCGGCGAGCAAGCAAGCUAAACUCGUUCUCCCGUCUACUGCAUCCCCACGCACCUCGUCUGAUGCGCGACUGGGAUCAGUGGCAAGGUUACAGGGUGACAGCAACGGGAGUUCCGCCUCUGUCGACUCUUCGGGGAAAUCGAAAAGAAGGCGUGGACCGCCGCCGGCGCCGGCGCUGGAUCUAGGCGCUGCGAGGAGGUUGUGUAGUACGACUGAUGAGGCGCUGGCGGGGUUGAGUGAUAGAGAGUUGAGGGAGCAUGUGGAGGUGUUGGAAGGGUUGAGGGGCGCGGCGGAGGGGGUGCUGGAGUAUUGGACGAGGAGGACUGAUGAGAAGUUGGGGGAUAGGGAGGCGUUUGAGGGGGUGAUUGAGAAUUUGGUGCAGCAUGCUAGGAAGGUUAGGAAGUAGAGGGGUGGUGAGGUGAGGGUGGAAGUGGGAGUGGAGUGGAGUGCGGGUAGCUGGGCUAUUCUCUGCGCUGGAUGGGGUGGUGGUGGAAAAGAGUGUUGUUUGUACGAUGGAGGUGCAUGGGGGGAGUUUUUCUUUUAUAUCUUGUUGUAAUUAUUCAUGAGAGUGGCGUUAGGGAUACCAGAGGAGACAAGAGUUAAUAUAACACUCCCGAUUGCAAAUACAAUUUUUUGGCUCAU